CUAAUUAUCACAGGUUAAAUUAAGUUUGACGAAUUACAAGAUAUUUCUUUAUAUAGAGAUACCAAGGUCUGAUUUACGUUAAAACUUUUUAAAACAUCGAAGGAAUCAUGUCGUUCAAAUAUGGAUUUUUGCUAAUAGCACUCGUUUCUGGGUGCCUAGCAACUCCUUCCCUCGAUGCUCAAGAUCUGUCCAUCUUCUUCGACCAUGUGGACACCUCCGCCUCCGCCCACCGCAUCAUGGGCGGCACGCCGGCCGAGGAGGGCUCCGCGGCGUACAUGGUGGCGCUGACCGGGGGGGACAACGUCAGGGCCUACUCGUGUGGAGGGUCCAUCAUCACGUCCAGAACCAUCCUCACUGCUGCCCACUGCGUUGAGAGUGUGUGGGCCUGGGACCAUCUUAUAAGCUCCUACCGCGCCAUCGUCGGCACCGAUUACUGGAACGUGGGCGGCGAUUCGUACGAGCUCGAGCGCAACGUGACUCACCCGCACUACCUGAGAUCCACCAUCAAGAACGACAUCAGUCUCCUCAUCACCACCACCGAGAUCCGUCUGUCCGAGACCGUGAAGGUCGUCCCUCUCAGCUUCGGCCACGUUGGCGCAGGCAUCGAAACCAGGGCUACUGGAUGGGGAAUGAUUCGGCCCCUUGGUCCCCUCUCCAGCCGCCUGCUGGAGCUGACGCUAACCACCAUCGGCGGUGAGGAUUGCAAGGAGAAGGUGGCGCAGGCCUCCGUGGACUUCGACAUCCCCGCGCCCGCCAUCGAGCCGCACCUGGAGCUGUGCGUCUUCCACUCUCUCAACCGCGGCCUGUGCAGCGGUGACAGCGGCAGUCCGCUGGUGCGCACGGACAUCGGCGGGCAGGUGGGCAUUGUAUCGUGGGGCUUCCCCUGCGCGCGCGGCGCCCCCGACAUGUUCGCGCGGAUCAGCGCCUUCCGCGACUUCAUUGAGAAAAACGCCAUCUGAGGGGUUAAGUUGUUGCAAUAAAAUAUUAUA